CAAUGGGCUCAGGGCAUUGUGGAAGACUGUUAGAGACACCUUUAAAAGCUGACAAUUGUGCUUUAGUUGUGAACAGGGUCACUAGGGGACUUUGUCUAUUAUUUUCUGUUUUCUUGGGUGCCACAACAUCACCCAUAUACAGUACCAGUAAGCCCAUCAUGUUUGUUCGUGUCGUCAGAGUCUCCCGGUUUCCUCAAAGGCAGGACGUGACUGCAGACUGCAUGGACCUUAAGACUGGUGCUGAAAUGAACUCGCUAACUGGUUGAGGUCCUUCCCAAAACAUGUAGAUUUAGGCUAUUAUUAAGCUAGGAUACUUUUUUUGUGGGGGGGGGGGGAAUAGCCUACAGUGUCGUUUUCAGAACAUAAACAUAUUUCUACAGACACGCUGCAGUAAAACUGGUAGGCCUAAUGACGGAAAGUGGAUAAAAACAAAUUGCCUGGUCAAAGUUGUUUUGGGAUUUUCCAACUGGACAGUUGACUUGGUCUCAAAUUGUAGUUUAAAAGUACGAAAUUACCCAGUUGCCCUGUUCAUAUUUAUAUUUAUCAUGGAGGUCUCCACAAACGGGUCGAGUUUUGGUGUUGACUCUCUGCUGUCUCACAGACCAGCAAGCCUACACAUUUUGAAAGGAGAAAGUUCGAUCGAAAAAUGCCGGUGUCCACUGGAGUUAAGCCCGAGGUCCGUCCUGGAAAGCGGCUGCUCAUCUCCUCUCUCCCCGCGACCGGAAUCUGUCGAAGAUGCAAUGCACAGACAUGAUUUUGCACUGGAGUCCUCGCUACAGCAUGGGCAACUGCCCCAGCCACGGACAGUCGCAUCAUCUUUUCUUAUUCGGGAUAUUCUUGCAGACUGUAACAAACCACUUGCAGCAUGUGCCCCAUACAAGAGUCAUGAACAUCCCAUGCCAGACUCCGAGCAUUUUGAGUCCAAAAUAGCGGACGACUUUAUGGAUAAAAUCGACAGCAACUCGUCCUCGGACAAUGAAUACAAAGCGCGAGACCGUGACAUGGACAGCAGCAGGGACAGUCCGUCGUGUCGGCUGAAGAAGCCCCGGAAAGCUCGAACCGCUUUCAGUGAUCACCAGCUGGCCCAGCUCGAGCGCAGCUUCGAACGGCAGAAAUAUCUGAGUGUGCAGGACAGAAUGGAGUUGGCAGCUUCGCUCAACCUCAGCGACACUCAGGUCAAAACUUGGUACCAGAACAGACGAACGAAAUGGAAGCGACAGACCGCGGUUGGACUGGAAUUGUUGGCCGAAGCUGGCAACUACUCGACUCUUCAAAGAAUGUUUCCCUCGCCAUAUUUUUACUCACAAAGUCUGGUUUCGAACCUAGAUACCACAGCGGGCUUAUAUCUGUACAGAGGACCCUCGGCACCACCACCUAUCCAGCGUCCGCUGUUUCCACGAAUCCCCCUCCGUGGUCUUCAGGGAGGCGGGGAGCCGCUCUCCUCUCUAUCUGGGGUCCUCCCUCGACCUACACAUCGAUGAACGGACAUAGCUGUCAGCACCCACGCAAGCUCCUCGCUGACAAACAAAUGGGACUGCACAUGAACAAAAUUACAUGACUUUGAAAGUCAAAACUUUUAUUUGGGUCGAUAUUUGUGAAAUGUAGUGAACUGUUUGGCGUAGGGGAAAAUAUGACAAACAUGUUUGUAGGCCAAUGUGUAGGCUAAUUGAACAUUGUGUGUUUCAGAGCGGGCUUUCAUAUUUUUUUUAGGCUGACGAAAAGGCUCUUUCAUCAACGUGAAAUUAUUGGAUUGAGGCCAAAAUGCUAUUUUGUGUUAGCACAAAUUUGGGUCUGGAUCAAAUUUGUAUUGCUGAAAUUCUGCGUUAGAGCUGGCAAAGGCAAUCUUCCCACAUUUGUGUGUACUGCAUCCACGAUAAACGCCGCAUGUCGGCCCCCAUCGGAAAUUAACUUUUCGAUCACGCAAUCUGUAACGCUUAAGCGAUAGAUUGAAUAGAGCCCUGUUAUUCUCUAAAAACAAAAAUAAGUAAAAUAAACACGUGGUUACAGCCUAUGUUAUAACAAUAUAUAUGUCCAUGAUAUUUGCAAAUAAUGGAGAUGUGGGGGCCUACGUUCCAGAUUUAUCUUUAGCAUUUAAUUCAAUAUGACAUACAUUUUUCGUUCCGCUCAAAUUGGACGACCAAUAUUUGGCAUGGGGCAACAGUGAAACUUUUUGAAGAUGAAAGAUGUAGCCUAAUUUGAAAUUGUUCGCCCAAUGUCAUCUGGUUGUUUCAAGGUAUCCUAUCCCAGUUAAAGCCAAAACAAGGGGAUGUAUUUACGUUUUUUAAAUGUAUAAAUACGUUCUACAAAAAUUACCCUUCACUCAAAAUAUGUGGUCGAAAGAAGAUUUAGUACAGUUAGUCUAGACUGAGUUUUUAUUUUAUUAGGCCUGUUUAACUUUUAUUUUGACAGGGAGUCAUGUUAGCCAAUCAAUGGGCACAGAAUUGCACACUGGCCUCUAUACGGUUAAAAUUAAAUUAAGGAAUCAUUAGAAAUGAAAGCAAAAUGUGGCCUAGGGUGGUCUAGCCGCUGCCUCUGGUGCACAAAACAACCCCAGAUAGGUGCUGUUAAAUGUGUUGUUUUACAUGGUCAGCCAUAGUAGUAGGAGGCCCUGGAUCAAAUUAGCGUUUAGUGCCUUGCUCAAGGGCACAGAAUAUUUUUCAUCUUGUCGCUCGGAUAUUUGAACCAGCAACCUUCCGCUUCAGCACACUCUCCUCUUUCAUCUCUAAACAUACAACUAAAUGUUCUUUAAUAAAGGCCCAAUGCAGUCAAAAACAUAACUUUUGUUUUAUAUAUAUAUAUACACUAUGUUGGAAUAAUACUGUGAAAUUGUGAAAAUGAUAAAGCCCUUUUAUUGUAAGCCAAAUUAAGUGGGAACGGUCAGAAAUGGUGUGUUGACAAACGUAACUCUUAAAAUAUAGCCUACAUGUAAAAUAAAAAUAUGAAGGUGAAUUCGACAAUUAGCUGUCAAAUUAAUAUCAGAUUUGGUCAAAAUUGAUGUUUUGCAGAAGGCUACCUAUAGCCUACAUUUUACACUUGAUUUAAGUUGCAAAAUCUAAUUCCAAUCAAGUGUUCAUAUCUAAAAUGCACUUGGUUGAGAGCUGAAACUUCACAAAAUUCUUGUUCAUUUCUAAACCACACAGAGAAUUAAAGUAAUCCCUUAGAAAUACAGUUGAAGUCAGAAGUUUACAUACACUAAGGUUGGUGUCUUUAAAAGUCGUUUUUCAACCACUCCACACAUUUCUUGUUAACAAACUAUAGUUUUGGCAAGUCAGUUAGGACAUCUACUUUGUGCAUGACACAAGUAAUUUUUCCAACAAUUGUUUACAAACCGAAUAUUUCACUUAUAAUUCACUGUAUCACAAUUCCAGUGGGUCAGAAGUUUACAUACACUAAGUUGACUGUGCCUUUAAACAGCUUGGAAUAUUCCAGAAAAUUAUGUAAUGGCUUAAGAAGCUUCUAAUAGGCUAACUGACAUCAUUUGAGUCAAUUGGAGGUGUACCUGUGGAUGUAUUUCAAGGCCUACCUUCAAACUCAGUGCCUCUUUGCUUGAUAUCAUGGGAAAAUCAGCUAAGACCUCAGAAAAAAAAUGUGAGACCUCCACAAGUCUGGUUCAUCCUUGGGAGCAAUUUCCAAACGCCUGAAGGUACCACGUUGAUCUGUACAAACAAUAGUGUGCAAGUAUAAACACCAUGGGACCACGCAGCCAUCAUACCGCUCAGGAAGGAGACGCGUUCUGUCUCCUAGUGAUUAAUGUACUUUGGUGCGAAAAGUGCAAAUCAAUUCCAGAACAACAGCAAAGGACUUUGUGAAGAUGCUGGAGGAAACAGGUACAAAAGUAUCUAUAUCCAUAGUAAAACAAGUCCUACAUCGACAUAACCUGAAAGGCCGCUCAGCAAGGAAGAAGCCACUGCUCCAAAACCGCCAUAAAAAAGCCAGACUACGGUUUGCAACUGCACAUGGAUACAAACAUUGUACUUUUUGGAGAAAUGUCCUCUGGUCUGAUGAAACAAAAAUAGAACUGUUUGGUCAUAAUGACCAUCGUUAUGUUUGGAGGAAAAAGGGGGAUGCUUGCAAGCCGAAGAACACCAUCCCAACCGUGAAGCAUGGGGGUGGCAGCAUCAUGUUGUGGGGGUGCUUUGCUGCAGGAGGGACUGGUGCACUUUACAAAAUAGAUGGCAUCAUGAGGGAAGAAAAUUAUGUGGAUAUAUUGAAGCAACAUCUCAAGACAUCAGUCAGGAAGUUAAAGCUUAGUCGCUAAUGGGUCUUCCAAAUGGACAAUGUCCCGAAGCAUACUUCCAAAGUUGCGGCAAAAUGGCUUAAGGACAACAAAGGCAAGGUAUUGGAGUGGCCAUCAAAGCCCUGACCUCAAUCCUAUAGAAGAUUUGUGGGCAGAACUGAAAAAGCGUGUGCGAGCAAGGAGGCCUACAAACCUGACUCUGUUACACCAGCUCUGUCAGGAGGAAUGGGCCAAAAUUCCCCCAACUUAUUGUGGGAAGCUUGUGGAAGGCUACCAAAAACAUUUGACCCAAGUUAAACAAUUUAAAGGGAAUGCUACCAAAUAGUAAUUGAGUGUAUGUAAACUUCUGACCCACUGGGAAUGUGAUGAAAGAAAUACAACUGAAAUAAAUCAUUCUCUACUAUUAUUCUGACAUGUCACAUUCUUAAAAUAAAGUGGUGAUCCUAACUGACCUAAGGCAGGGAAUUUUUACUCUGAUUAAAUGUCAGGAAUUGUGAAAAACUGAGUUUAAAUGUAUUUGGCUAAGGUGUAUGUAAACUUCCGACAUCAACUGUACGUCUAAUCAAUAGUGACAAACCCACUUGGAAUUUCUUAAAACAAAUUGUCAUUAUGGCAGUAGUCUGGUAGUUGUAGGCUAUAACUAAUGUUGUGGCGGACCAUCUGAGCAGCUAACGUUAUUUGUCAACAAUAGAUUUGCCAAACAAUUAGUCAAUAAAAUAUUAAAUGAGCGAAUAUCACAGCAUUGUGAAUGAUGACUCCCAAAGUGCUGGUGAUGGUGUCUUGGGCUCUUGGCCAAAAUACAAUAACAGCUGGUGACCAGACGAUACUGCCUGAUAUGACCGUGGAGAGACUUGGACGGGACAGCUGGUCAGCGGCGACGCACGCAACACUCCUGACUCCUCAGCCCGGCUUGAAAGCUACUCUACCUGGCGAUUGGUGAAAUUCAGGCCAACCAAACCUGUGAAAUGGCCCCCAACGAUUAAAACAAAAAGACAAUGUGUUUAGGUUAGAAGUGAACAAAUUAGGGAUGGAUAAAAAUUGACAUAAUGGGUACCUGGAGGAAAAUGGGGGAGGGCCGUGAUUUUUCAAUUUCAGUCAAGGGGAGGGUUUAGUAUUUUCUAAAUCGUCCAGGGGAGGGUCAUGUAAUUUGUAAUUUAUUAAAUAUCAACAUUUCUUAGUGUUUUAGAAUUACUUGCUUAUUAAGAGGGAGAUUAACCCGAUGCCCCAAUCAAGUUAAGCGUCAGAAUAGAGACAAAGUAGAGUCGCAAUUCAACAGCUCAGACACGAGACGUAUGUGGCAGUCUACAGUCAAUCAUGGAUUACAAAACGAAAACCAGCCCCGUCGCGGACAACGACGUCUUUCUCCCAGACAAACUAAACGUCUUUGCUCGCGUUGAGGACAAUACAGUGCCACUGACACGGCCCGAUACCAAAACCUGCGGUGUGGGCUUUCCUUCACCGCAGCCAACAUGAGUAAAACAUUUAACCGCGUUAACCCUCAAAGGCUGUCAGCCAAGACAGCAUCCCUAGCCGCGUCCUCAGAGCAUGCUCAGACCAGCUGGCUGGUGUGUUUACGGACAUACUCAAUCAAUCCCUAUCCCAGUCUGCUGUUCCCACAUGCUUCAAGAGGGCCACCAUUGUUCCUGUUCCCAAGAAAGCUAAGAUAACUGAGCUAAACGACUCUCGCCCCGUAGCACUCACUUCCGUCAUCAUGAAGUACUUUGAGACUAGUCAAGGAUCAUAUCACCUCCACCCUACCUGACACCCUAGACCCACUCCAAUUUGCUUACCGUCCCAAUAGGUCCACAGAUGACGCAAUCACACUGCCCUAACCCAUCUGGAAAAGAGAAAUACCCAUGUAAGAAUGCUGUUCAUCGAUUCCAGCUCAGCAUUUAACACCAUAGUACCCUCCAAACUCGUCAUUAAGCUUGAGACCCUGGGUCUUGACCCCGCCCUGUGCAACUGGGUCGUGGACUAUCUGACGGCGGCCCCCCAGGUGGCGAGGGUAGGAAACAUCUCCACCCCGCUGAUCCUCAACACUGGGGUCUCACAAGGGUGCGUUCUCAGCCCUCUCCUGUACUCCCUGUUCACCCAUGACUGCGUGGCCAUGCAUGCCUCCAACUCAAUCAUCAAGUUUGCAGACGACACUACAGUGGUAGGCUUGAUUACCAACAAUGUCGAGACGGCCUACAGGGAGGAGGUGAGGGCCCUCGGAGUGUGGUGUCAGGAAAAUAACCUCACACUCAACGUCAACAAAACAAAGGAGAUGAUCGUGGACUUCAGGAAACAGCAGAGGGUGCACCCCCCUAUCCACAUCGACGGGACAGUAGUGGAGAAGGUGGAAAGUGAAGUUCCUCGGCGUACACAUCACGGACAAACUGAAAUGGUCCACCCACACAGACAGCGUGGUGAAGGCAGCGCAACAGCGCCUCUUCAACCUCAGGAGGGUGAAGACAUUUGGCUUGUCACCUAAAAUCCAC